ACGGUCUGCCACUGACCCAGGUGCAUCAUGUCGAACGUUCAUGCACUCGCUCAGUCUGGCUUCGGCACUGGUACGAAUGAAUUGUAUGAUCGGUGAGUUAUGUCUGUCUUCCAAGAAAUCGGAAGGGUACCUUAGCGAACUCCUGCAUUCAUAGCGUUCGGCCAUCCUAUCCAACUCAAUCCCUCACAUUCAUCAAGUCCAUCAACCCUAAGUCAGAGCCCUUGAAUAUAGUGGAGUGUGUCUACUGCAUCUAUUUACAUCCUACUCAAACAAGUGCGGUAAAUGCACAAUCAGAAUCGGGGCAGGAUCAGGACUUUUUACGCGCGCUUUGAUAUCUCAUCCAGACUGGACAUCGUACAUCGCGAGGUUGAGAGCUGUAGAGCCCAGCGAGGGCAUGAGAGAAGUGUGGUCCGAGAAAGUUACUGCAGAGAAUGCAACUGUCGAAGAUGGGACGUUCGAGAGCACGGAAGUCCCAGAUGGCUGGGCCGACCUUAUAGUCAUCGCGCAGGCUUUUCAUUGGUGUCCCGAUUAUGACAAGGCAUGCGCCGAGUUUUCCCGAAUUUUGAAAAAAGAUGGGUCGGUCGUUUUCAUAUGGAACCUUGAGGACAGAGAUCGCGCUGGCUGGGUUGCUCAGCUGCGUGAGCGAAUCGAGCGCCACGAACAAGGAACCCCCCAGUUCCGCCUCGGUCUAUGGCGUGAGGCGUUCACUGCGCCCUCGUACCUUCAGAACUUCGGGGAACCACGUGAAAACGUUUGGGAACAUCAUCUCGUCACGACGGAAAGUCUUUGUGUGGAUCGAGCCCUGAGUAAGAGUUACAUGGCUAUCCUGCCUCCCGAAGAGAAGGACAAGGCAGUAUCGGAUCUCAAGACUAUUUUAGCUAGAGGUGAUGAUAGAGUAUGGGUGGACAAGAACCAAGCCUAUGUAGUAGUAUCUAGGAAGAAGUAAUGUUGCGAUAGCAAAAAGAGACAGUACAUAGAUUCGGAAUGAUUAGGUAUUGAUACCUACUAUAUUUCUUGUAGCCAGAAUGCAGAAGUUCGUCAACAUACAUCGCAAAAGCAGU